AUGUCGGAUCCUUCCGCGUCGUCGUCUACAUCGCCGAAAUGGUCGAGCGAUCGAUUCUUCCAAACCCAAAGUGCCCCCUCCAACCUCGCUGAAGUAUCAUCAGCUGCCUCCGAGUUCGUCCAAAGACACAUCAAAGAAGGGCGUCGUGUGGUCCUCGUCACUUCGGGAGGAACGACGGUGCCGCUCGAGAAGAAUGUGGUUCGGUUCCUCGACAACUUUUCAGCAGGAACUAGAGGCGCCACAUCAGCAGAGUACUUCCUCUCUGCUGGGUAUGCCGUCAUUUUUAUGAGUCGCCAACACUCACUUGCUCCGUAUACGCGGCACUACAGCCACACAACCAACCCGUUCCUAGACUUGCUCGCCGACCCCGCGACACACGUACACACCGAUUCACCCGCCUCGACUUCCGGCGAAGACAACAUCACCGUGCUCAAACAGCACGUAGCCCACCUUCGACCCAUCCUCUCGGCCUACCAUCACGCACGCACCUCCGGACUACUCCACACCGUCCCCUUCGUCACAGUAAACGACUACCUCUGGCUGCUACGCGAAAUGUCCCGCGUCAUGCAACCAUUGGGCCGGAAUGGAAUGUACUACCUCGCCGCGGCGGUGAGUGACUUUUUCAUCCCAUCCACCAACGUUCCCGAACACAAGAUCCAAUCUGGCAAAGGCUCGCUGGUGAUCGAGAUGGAUCAAGUUCCCAAAGUGUUGAAACCUAUGGUGGAGAAGUGGGUUCCGGAAGGCUAUCUGGUCAGCUUCAAGCUGGAGACCGAUCCGAACCUGUUGAUUCCGAAAGCAGUGGGUGCGCUUCAAAGGUAUGGGCAUCAGUUGGUCAUUGGGAAUGAUCUGAAUAGAAGAAAGUUCGAGGUGGUGUUUGUUGAGAGGCUGUCCAAUACUCCGGCUGCUAAGACGGAGGAGCGAGGAGGGGAGAGACCGGUAGAGAGGUUGCACGUCGAGGGAGAGGAGUUUUCGGCAACCUGGAUGAGGCUGGCUGACUCGAGUCCGGAUGAGGUGAAUGAGGGAGGUGGGAAAGGAGGAGAGAAGGAGUUGGAAGAGGAUAUCAUCAGGGAGCUGUGCAGUAGACACGAACAGUGGAUUGCAAAGGGCACGGCUGGGGCUGCUUCUAGGAUCUGA